AUGAGAUCUGCUCAAGUGAUGCGUCGUGGGCGACGAAUAACAGUAACAAAUAAAGAGAUGCUUCAAUCAAUGAGCAGUUCAUGUGAUAUUCCAUCACCACCACCACCACCACCACCAUCAUCAUCAAAAGGUCGAUGUUCAACGUCAUUAUUUACUAACAAACAGCAUCAAGAUUCGCAAGCAUCAAACGAAAAUGAUAAAUCAUCUGUACAGAAAAGAAAUGCAGUGCUUCCUAGGUUUAAUCCAUCGUCUCAACGAGCAAGUUUUCAACAAAAAGAUUUUGAAGAAUUAGAAAAAUCCAGGCGAAAUAUACAAAAUUUCUACAUAUUUUUCUUAACACUUUUCAUCGUUCUGUUUCUCUGUAUUGUUUAUUCAUUUAUUCGCAUGAUGACAAAGUCGGUUUAA